GAAAAUAAUUGUUUAAGAUGGCGUCUGAUAAAUUCGUGCUUAUCCGAGUUUUGCUAUCAAAAUUCUCUCGACCCCGAUUCUGUAGACCUUCUAAAGGCGAAGUCUUUGAGGGGAUUCUUCAAAUUUUCUAUCGAGAAUCGGCCAUUUCCCAUCACCGGACAAAUCUUUAAAGCUCGAGUUUUUCUUUAGCUUUGGAUAGAAGGGCUCGUGUUCGUGUAAUCAGGAUCGCGUAGUUUUACAGUUACGAAGAUGGGUUCCCGAGACGAUGCGGAGGAUGGGAGGAAUGAUCUCCGGAGGCCGUUCUUACACACGGGGAGUUGGUAUCGGAUGGGUUCGAGGCAAUCUAGUAUGAUGGGCUCGUCGCAAGUGAUUCGGGACAGUUCCAUUUCAGCCUUGGCAUGCGUUCUGAUCGUCGCUCUUGGUCCUAUUCAAUUCGGAUUCACGUGUGGUUAUUCUUCUCCAACUCAAGCUGCCAUUACAAAGGAUCUCGGUUUGACAGUUUCCGAGUUCUCUGUGUUUGGUUCUUUGUCCAAUGUGGGUGCUAUGAUUGGGGCAAUUGCCAGUGGUCAGAUCGCAGAGUACAUUGGUCGGAAGGGGUCGUUGAUGAUUGCUGCAAUUCCUAAUAUAAUUGGAUGGCUUUCCAUAUCAUUCGCAAAAGAUACUUCCUUUCUUUACAUGGGAAGACUACUAGAAGGUUUUGGUGUGGGGAUUAUCUCUUAUACGGUGCCUGUAUAUAUAGCUGAGAUAGCCCCACAAAACAUGAGAGGUGGCUUGGGUUCAGUUAACCAGCUCUCUGUUACAAUUGGAAUUAUGUUGGCUUAUUUGCUUGGUCUCUUUGUUCCCUGGAGAAUUCUUGCAGUUUUGGGUGUAUUGCCAUGUACGAUAUUGAUACCGGGUCUCUUUUUCAUUCCUGAAUCUCCUCGGUGGCUGGCCAAAAUGGGUUUGACUGACGAUUUUGAAACUUCAUUGCAAGUUCUCCGAGGAUUUGAUACCGAUAUUACCAUUGAGGUUAAUGAAAUCAAGAGAUCUGUAGCGUCAUCUAGCAAACGUUCUGCUAUCCGGUUUGUAGACCUCCAGCGAAGGAGAUACUAUUUCCCUCUUAUGGUUGGCAUAGGGUUGCUUGUACUUCAACAACUUGGGGGCAUUAACGGUGUCCUUUUCUAUUCCAGUACAAUUUUCGAAUCCGCAGGGGUUACAUCAAGUAAUGCAGCUACUUUCGGGGUCGGUGCUAUUCAGGUCGUCGCCACGGCAGUAGCAACGUGGUUGGUGGACAAGUCAGGUCGUCGACUUCUUCUUACAAUCUCUUCUGUCGGGAUGACGGUCAGCCUCGUGAUCGUGGCAGCCGCAUUCUACCUGAAGGGCUUUGUAUCGCAUGAUUCCAACAUGUACAACAUGCUGAGCAUCUUGUCGGUUGUCGGAGUAGUGGCUAUGGUUGUUGCUUUCUCCUUGGGAAUGGGACCAAUUCCUUGGCUCAUUAUGUCUGAGAUCCUUCCCGUGAACAUAAAAGGUCUAGCCGGAAGUAUAGCAACACUUGCCAACUGGUUUUUCUCUUGGUUGAUCACUAUGACUGCGAACUUGCUCUUGGCUUGGAGCAGUGGAGGAACUUUCACCCUCUACGCGUUGGUUUGUGCAUUCACGGUAGUUUUCGUGAGGCUUUGGGUACCCGAGACGAAGGGGAAAACGCUCGAAGAAAUUCAGGCCUUGUUCAGAUGAGAGAUAAGGUUCAUUUCUCACCAUUUUUCGCCAUUCCAGAUUUGUUUCUUCUCUCCAUUUUUUUGUGUUCAAACAUGUUUGGUGAAGAACAAGGAUCAGAGAAAUCUGAGAUCUUACGGUCGUGUUAAUGGCUGAUGACACUGUUUGUUCGGACCAGAAGGAAAUUGUAUUCAUAUGUUGCAAUAAAGCAGUCAUGUUUUCUUGGCUGCCUGCCCACAUGCCUA